GACACACUGCUGGGUGCACACGCUCCUGGCUUCAGGUUCCAGGAUCUUUCUCACUGCCUUCAUCCCCAGCUAGUAAUAGAGAGACCCUUCUCCUGGAGCCUGGGUGGUGACUCAGAGAUCUACUGGUCAGCACAGAGAGCUGGGGCAGGAAUACACAUCUGCAGUGAUGAGGGAUAUGGAGCAGUGACCUCAUGGCCAGGGCCUGGUUAACGGUAUCUUUGCCACUCCCAAGCUAGCCCAUGGCUGCCGGAUCUUCCUUUGCUUGAUCUCCUAGCUGACCUGUGCAACCCUAGGUAGUCCAGAAAUUCCACAACUAGCAGCUCUCAGCCAUCCCUCUUGGGCAGGGCUAAUACUGGGGGCUCUGGCUUUUGUUGGAACCCACAUGGGACCAGCAAAUGUUUGACUCCAGGGUUCACAGGGCUUUGUUCUUCUGCUGAAGGCAACCCUGAGCAUGCUCCCAAGAAACUGACUCCAAGACUUAUUUUAGGCAAACUAGGAUUCCCCUGCGGCUGGGCAGUUCUAAUGGGGAAAAGCGGGGUAACUGAGAGUUGUUGAACGGACAAAAUCUUCCUCAUGUUUCUAGCUUCCUAACUGAGGGCAUUCACGUUUAUGGAGCAGUGACUGUUUACCUGGGGAGAGUUUGCAGCAAUAAAGGGGACAUCCCUUUCCUGUAGAAGCUCACAGGAUGGGGGUACAUAAACGGAGGGAGUUAUUGAGAGAUUCAGGCCCAGAUUGGACAGAUGAAGAAGGCCUCCCUCUCACGAGAAGAGGAAAAGGCAUCCUUGAGGGGAGGAAGAGCAGGGGGUAUCACAGUGCUCCUAGGGGAGACGACAGGGCAAAAGCAGACAGGGGAGAGGUCACUGCACACUAGGCGACUCUGGGAACGUCUCCCCGCCCUGCAGGGAACAUCCAGCGCCUGUGCUCCUCCUCAGAGCCCUGGAGGUGGGGUUGGGACGCGCAUCUGACUCUUUGUGCGGGGGUUCCUGUGGAUUUGAUGGGCGUCCUGCUGUUCUCUCCCCAGACGCCAUGCGGCAAACCCUACUGCUGCUGCUGCUGACGGUGCUGCGCCCCAGCUGGGCAGACCCUCCCCAGGAGAAGGUCCCGCUCUUCCGGGUCACUCAGCAGGGCCCCUGGGGGAGCAGUGGCAGCAACGCCACCGACUCGCCCUGCGAGGGGCUGCCCGCCGCGGAUGCGACGGCCUUGACCCUGGCGAACCGCAACCUGGAGCGCCUGCCCGGCUGCCUACCGCGCACACUGCGCAGCCUCGACGCCAGCCACAACCUGCUGCGCGCCCUGAGCACUUCCGAGCUCGGCCACCUGGAGCAGCUGCAGGUGCUGACCCUGCGCCACAACCGCAUCGCCGCGCUGCGCUGGGGCCCGGGUGGGCCGGCGGGGCUGCACACCCUGGACCUCAGCUACAACCAGCUGGCCUCUCUGCCGCCGUGCGCCGGGCCCGUGCUGAGCAGCCUCCGCGCCCUGGCGCUCGCCGGGAAUCCGCUGCAGGCGCUGCAGCCCCGGGCCUUCGCCUGCUUCCCCGCGCUGCAGCUCCUCAACCUCUCCUGCACCGCGCUGGGUCGCGGAGCCCAGGGGGGCAUCGCCGAGGCGGCGUUCGCUGGAGAGGAUGGCGCGCCCCUGGUCACGCUCGAAGUCCUGGAUCUCAGCGGCACGUUCCUUGAACGGGUUGAGUCAGGGUGGAUCAGAGACCUGCCGAAGCUCACAUCCCUCUACCUGAGGAAGAUGCCUCAGCUGACGACCCUGGAGGGGGACAUUUUCAAGAUGACCCCCAACCUGCAGCAGCUGGACUGUCAGGACUCCCCAGCACUUGCUUCUGUCGCCACACACAUCUUUCAAGAUACUCCACAUCUACAGGUCCUUCUGUUCCAGAACUGCAACUUGAGUUCCUUCCCUCCUUGGACCCUGGAUUCCUCCCAGGUCCUAUCGAUCAACCUCUUUGGCAACCCCCUCACUUGCAGUUGUGACUUGUCUUGGCUCCUCACGGAUGCAAAGAGAACUGUCCUAAGCAGGGCAGCAGACACUAUGUGCGCGCCAGCUGCGGGAUCCAGCGGCCGCUUCUCAGCCUCCCUGUCACUCUCCCAGCUGCCCGGAGUGUGCCAGUCCGACAAAAGCACCACUCUCCAGGCUUCACACCCACCUUGCUUCAACCGCUCCACCUACGCACAGGGUCCCACCGUCGCGCCCAGCGCAGCCCCCGCCACCCGGCCUGCGGGAGACCAGCAGAGUGUCUCCAAGGCCCCUAACGUGGGCUCUCACACGAUAGCUGCAUGGCCCCACAGCGAUGCACGAGAGGGGACUGCCCCCUCCACGACCAACUCUGUAGCAGGUCACAGCAACUCCAGCGUUUUCCCCAGGGCUGCCAGCACCACCAGGACCCAGCACCGAGGAGAACAUGCCCCCGGGCUUGUCCUUGAGCCUGAUAUCUCAGCUGCCUCCACCCCACUGGCCAGCAAGCUCCUGGGCCCCUUCCCUACCUCGUGGGACCGCAGCAUAAGCUCGCCUCAGCCCGGCCAGAGGACACACGCCACACCCCAAGCCCCCAACCCGAGUCCUUCCGAGGGCGAGAUUCCAGUCCUGCUGCUGGACGACUACAGUGAGGAGGAGGAGGGGAGGAAGGAGGAGGUGGGAACGCCUCACCAGGACGUCCCCUGUGAUUACCAUCCCUGCAAGCACCUGCAGACCCCGUGCGCGGAGCUGCAGAGGCGGUGGCGGUGCCGGUGCCCCGGCCUCAGCGGGGAAGACACCAUCCCAGACCCGCCCAGGCUGCAGGGGGUGACGGAGACCACGGACACAUCGGCGCUGGUCCACUGGUGUGCCCCCAACUCGGUAGUGCAUGGGUACCAGAUCCGCUACUCUGCGGAGGGCUGGGCGGGGAACCAGUCGGUGGUGGGGGUCAUCUACGCCACGGCCCGGCAGCACCCUCUGUACGGGCUGUCGCCGGGCACCACCUACCGCGUGUGCGUGCUGGCGGCCAACAGGGCGGGCUUGAGCCAGCCACGGUCUUCGGGCUGGAGGAGCCCGUGCGCCGCCUUCACCACCAAGCCCAGCUUCGCGCUCCUGCUCUCUGGGCUGUGCGCCGCCAGCGGCCUGUUGCUUGCCAGCACCGUGGUGCUGUCCGCAUGUCUCUGCAGGCGGGGCCAGACGCUACGCCUGCAGGGCUGCGACACGCACCUGGUGGCCUACAAAAACCCGGCCUUUGAUGAUUACCCGCUGGGGCUCCAGACCGUCAGUUAGCCCAGCUUCUGGGAUAACGCGUCUAAUCGAACUGGAUCUGAGCGCAAAAAGGAAGACACAGAGUCAAAAACGACCCCAUCCGCUCCUAGGGUUUCUAAUUCCCGUGAAGCCAGAAUGCCUUGGGCACACAUGGAACUUGCCACACUGAGUGUCUGGGUCCAAGGAACAACUGCCCUCCCUUCCUUCUACUUAACUCUCUGUUCCCAGAAACCUGAUGGUCAAUGCCAGAUCGCUCCCCACUGCCGCCAGGCCUUCUUGUGUGUUGGUUCAUUUGCGGUUUUCAGCAGUCAGUGCCCCUCUAUCCAGUAGAAUAGUGUAUGGAAGUAGGAAGGGAUGAAACAGAGAAAUUGCAUAACCCAGCCUCUUUGAUCAUGUUAGAAAUCACAUCCUCAGGUCUUUCCAGCGGAAGCUCCUUCAUGGUCAAGCACUAAGACACAAUGAGCUCUGUUAUUCAAGAAAUCAAUUCCAGUGGAUUUCCAGUUCCAAUUCCUGAGAACUAGAGUAAGGGGGAGAGCUAAUGGUUGCUUCCUAAGGCCUUCUGGGUUUAUUAGUUCCAUUUCAGGACAUGACAAGAAAAUGUACUUCCAGCUUUACAGUUAAAACCAGUUUUCUGGGAACAUUUGUCAAACACAGGGAAAGGCUGUCCUUUUAAGUUAGUGUUUAUUGCAUUUCACCUAAGACUAAAUGGACAAAUGAAUUAUAAAUUCAUUUUUUAGGAGGCAUAAUAAACUUUGGAAAUAUUUUUUCUUAAUUAGAGGGAAGAAAUGAGCAAAAGAGAACCCGAGGCUCUAGCUAGAAGCCCAAGUGUUUCUCUGCCCUAAUUGCAUCAAACAAUGCCUUAAUAAUCUGUGUCUUCAUGUGGGAGGCAUCUACUCUGUCCUCUACUUGUUCACUUUUAUGCAAACUCAGGGGAAAAAAUGAUUCUAUGAAAUUAUAAUUAGAGCCAUAUUUCUAGAUUUUAAUUUUCAACAUUGGCAUUUAUUAAUUUCCUGCAGCUGCUGUAACAAGUUACCACAAACUGGUAAAACUGGCUUAAAAGAACAGAAAUUUAUUUUCCUACAGUUCAGGCCGGAAAUCCCAAAUCAAAGCAUCAGUGGGGUUGGUUCCUCUUGGAGGCUCCGAGGGAGUUGUUCCAUCUCCUCUCCCAGCUUCGGAUGGUUGGCAGCAAUCCUCAGUAUUCCUUAGCUCGCAGACAUCAUUCCAAUCUAUCCCUCCAUCAUCUCACGGCAUUCUCUCUCUGUUCACAUUUCCUUUUUUUUUUUUUUUCAACAAAAAAAAACUAGUUAUUGGGUUAAGGCCCACUGUAAUCCAGUAUGACCUAAUUCUAUCUUGAUUGCAUCUAAAAAGACCCUAUUUCCAAAUAAGGUCACAUGUACAGUACUGGGGGUUAGAACGUGAAUGUAUCUUUCUUGGGAGAUGCGAUUCAAGCCACAAGAGCAUUUACUUCUACUGUAAGAAGAAAACAAAUCAAGUUUAAAUCCCAUGUAUCUUUUGUUUCCAAACCAUGCUGCAGAAACUAAAACUGAAUUGCACUAUAUAUUUCUAGGUGUCUGAAGUUUUGAAAGAGCUUCCCAAAACUUUAAGGUAGAUCCCUAGUUUCAUCAUAAAUGUAACUAAAAGAAUUGGCCUAAAUGAUUUCAAAGAUCUCCACCAGCUCCUGGUUAAAAACUGCAAAGCUAUGAUGUUGUGGGCUUGUAAAAAAAAACAAAAUACACACACACACACACACACACACACACAAAACUGCAAAGCACAGUUGGUGUGCACCUGUAAUCCCAGCUACUUGGGAAGCUGAGGUGAAAGGGUCACUUGGGCUCAGGAAUGAGGCCCCAACUAAAAUUCGCUGCAAAAGCCCAAAAUCUAGUUAGUAUAAAUUCCUCAGACAUGUAAUUAAAUGACACUAACGCUUUAAGCUUACUGUCAAGGUUAAGUCUAUUCUGUGAAGACACUGAAAUGAAUUUUCAUCAUGGUUGAGUCUAUAAACAAGUACAUACUCAGACAUGUCUAAUACAAUUCCAGUGUUUUAUAAACUGGCAGAAUUGAUGUGUUUUAUAACAAUUCAGUAUCCAAAAGCCUGAGGAGACUUGGACCAUUUUCCUAAGGGAUGAAGUGGAAAACGUUUAUUAACCAGAGCCAGAUUGAGACCUUAAUAAUAAAAAGAUUAUGGGUCCAACCCAUAGGUCACUCCAAAUGGCAUCAACACUAAACCAUAAAUAAGCGUAACAAAGUGCAAAGUUCUGAAUUUUCGCAUAGCUACUUCAAGUCCUCUCUUUUUUAAACAUUAUUCUUAUGUGGCUCACCCGUCACUAAUGCAGAGACUCACUCAGUGUGCCUCUUGGGUGGUUCAGCAGUGGGAAGUCCACCUUCAGCCUAACUACUCCUAACAAUGAAGCUGUUCUCCAGAGAGCAAGAAUAGCCAGCCACAUGCCCCCUUCUCUGCUUUUUCAACCCCCUCCAUCUGAUUCAAUGGCGGUGUCCCUGGCUGCAGGCUUCAGUAUGCUCCAAGCCAAGCGCAGCUCAGCUGCCAGUCUGAGAACAACCAGGACCAGCAAGCCACAGAGGGACACGCUGGUGCAGAAUGCCUGGCCAAGAGGCAUGAGUUUUACUUACAGCCUGCCAUUCUAAUUUAAUGCAGCUCAACAGGCUGAGAAUGGAUAAUCUCACUGCAGUAUUCCGUAAUAGGCUUGGAUUAAAACCAGGGACAAUGGGCAGCAAUAGGCCAUAGGUUAAGCAGCAGCAACUAGUCACCACUGGACUGUCUUCUUCUCCCCUUCCCCAUAUCCCACAUUCUCCUAAACAUGAUGUACGUGUAGCAACAGUCUUUUAAAGUCAGAUGGUCAGACUAAUUAUUUUUACAAUUUAAGUGUAAGUGAUGUACAUGAAUGGACUUUGUGAAUCGGAAAACUUACGGAACAGCAGAGAAUACGUCUGUUAUAUGGAACAACCUGAGUUGAAGGUACAAUUUUUUUUCCAGCUCUUUUAUUCCUUUAACUGCUUAACAAAAGAAAGAGUCUCCAAAGUUUAAAAAACCUUUGAAAAAUAUACAGCUUGAUAUUAUUUACAUAAAAUAUGAAUCCAGGUUCCAAUAUCAAACAAACAUUGCUAUGUCAGAAACACAGUGGAAGGCAGGAACGUAACUCACUGCCUUUUAGGUGCAAAGACUAAUAGACACGUUCUCCUAUCUCGACUAUCUUUGUUACCUGUUAUCCUCAAACAUAAAUUAUUAGGCACCUGAGAGGUUGGAAGACUACCGAAAAUGAACUUCAUACCUUCUGUAUGAUUAUUAUCUUAAAAACUUACCGCAUUUUUAAUCUCUUUUAUAACUUUACUUCAUCUACAACUAACUUCACUUUCAUUAUCCCAAAUGAUCAGGUAUUAAUUACAUGAACUGUUAAUGUAUACACAGACCUAAAAAUCAAACAAAAAUGUACUGCUCAGUUGUGUAGGAUAUAUAUUUGAACCCCACGACAUUUCCUAGUGCUUUGUGAGCAAUCCAAAUUUCACUUAAAAGAGAGGUGUCAACUCUGCCCAUGCUCUGGACUAUGUUUUUAAAAAACAUACAAAAAAGACUGACAAUAAUUGAUCUCUUAUAAAUUAAUCAAGAAACCUAAGAUUAAAAAUUCUAAAUUACAAUUUUAUUUGUAUUUAAAAAUACAUUGGAAAUUCUGCAUAUUCCCAUGAUCAACCUUAUUUUCAAUGCACAUUACUUAAAUUUUGAUGACACGGUUGGUUCUGACAAGUCCUUUUUCAAGCUGAACACCAAAAUAGGGAAACUCCUGUACAUUUCCAUGGGCCCUGUUCCCAUUGAUGUAUACUGCUUCCUUACUAACAGUGAGGGAUGACUUUCAUCAGUCUUUUAUCACCUGAACAGUCUUCCGGCCAUAAUGAUAGUAACUAUAAGCUGAUGCAGCUGUGGUGAAAGCUGUAAAACACCUUUUAUGGAAGAAAAGAAAUGUAGUUGUCAAGUCUAAAAAAUAGUAGCAACGGGAAUCAUAAUGAAUACAUGCAAUGAAUUUAAAAUGUAAAAAUGAAUUUAAAAAGUAAAAAGGGCUCUGUGGUGUAAUUUUUCUUAACUACAAGAGUCUAAGUACACUGCUUUUCUUUAAGACUUCAUUUUAAUUAGUAGCGUCAAACAAAAUUAUUCUAGAUAAUGAGCCCUACAAAUUACUACUACUAGCAACUGUCAUUUUUUACUCGGGCAUCCUCUAGGUGUCUUACAUUCUCAUUUUAUUCUUACAACGAACUCAUCCUCCAGAAGGACUCAUCCUCCAAAGGACUUCUCCAGAAGGGGGAAAUGGAAGACCCGGAUAACUUGCUCAGGGCUUAUCACAGAACUAUGUUUGAGCUUGACUUGGUUUGAACUCUAAAGCCCACAUGCUCUUUCUACUGCCCCAUGCUGCUCAGGGUACCAGACUCUUAUUUCCUGCAGCUUUUGAGAAUUCUAAAGAUAUCCGAGUCAUUUUAAAUAAAUAUCAGCUUUCUUUACCAAAUUACCCUUAACCGGAUUCUCCUUGAAAUGACAUCACCUGACACCCAUGGCAUGCUGAAUGCCCACAUCUAGAUUACUUUUUAGUGCACCCACGCACUUCUGCUUUUAUUAGGCGAGGCAGAAUCAAGAUUCCCUUUUGUUGGAUCUUGAACCUGUUCAUGCCACUUUGAUAUUCUAAAUUCAUACAUAAACCAAUGAAAUAUAUGUGUUAGAAAAAUUGCUAUUUGUAGCUGGACGCAGUGGCUCAUGACUAUAAUCCUACCACUUUGGCAGGCCGAGGCAGGAGGAUUGUUUGAGGCCAAGAGUUUGAGACCAGCCUGGGCAACAUAGUGAGACCCUGUUUCUACAAAAAAUAAUAAUACAAAAAAUGAGUGGCUGGGCACGGUGGCUCACACCUGUAAUCCCAGCACUUUGAGAGGCCGAGGCGGGUGGAUCAACUGAGACCAGGAGUUCGAGACCAUCCUGACCAACAUGGUGAAAUCCCGCCUUUAUUAAAAAUACAAAAAUUGGCCAGGUAUGGUGGUGGGCACCUGUAAUCCCAGCUACUCAGGAGGCUGAGGCAGGAGAAUCGCUUGAACCCGGGUGGUAGAGGUUGCAGUGAGCUGAGAUCAGGCCAUUGCACUCCAGCCUGGGCAACAGAGCGAGACUCUGUCUCAAAAAUAAAUAAAUUAAUUAAUUAAAAAAAAAUAGCCAGGUGUGGUGGCACAUGCCUGUAAUCCCAGCUACUCAGGAGGCUGAAGCUGAAGGAUCGCUUGAGGCCAGGAAUUCAAGGUUACAGUGAGCUAUGAUCAUGCCACUGCACUACAGGCUGGGUGACAGAGCAAGACCCUGUCUCCAAAAAUAAAAAAUAAAAUUUUUUUUAAUUGCUAUUUCUGAAAACUACAUUGGAUGCUUUAGAAAGACUCAAUAAAGGUGACUUGAUUAAAAAAAAAA